GCGUUGACCAACAGUUCACCGCUCAGUUAUAGUAAACGUCUCACAAUUCAAAUUUAAUUUAAUAGAGGGAAAGGUCUUUAAUCAUCGUCUCGGGGUCAACAUUUAAAAACUAUGAAACAGCGUUAAAAAAAAAGUCAGAUAGACACAUUUGAUACCCGCGACCUGUACUUCGGCGAUGUCUGUUGCCGUUGACAACUGGAAAUCUAGAACAACCGUAAGCGUCACUCCAUGCGUCAUACGCGCGUUCACGUGACGAGAAACAACAAACGCGCGGUACUUCAAUCCAAACAGUUUCUCCACGUAUAUGAAAAACUGUUAUUUUGGUAAAUACAUAGGACGUAAACAUUUAGUACAGCAUCCUAAUGUCUUCUCGGGCUUCGUUGUCUUAAUUAAAAAGUGACGCUGUGGACUUACAGUCCUGUAUAGCAGCUGAUUGCUUCGAUAUCAUGCAAAGAAACACCAAAAAGACAGAUUUAUUAAGAGCUAUACCAAGAUGUGUCACAUCUGGAGGUGAAACCCAUAGAUAUAGAAACUAUAUCUAUGCUGAAACCAAACCAAUCCGCACAGGUAACACCAGAAAGAUACCUUAUAGAGUUGGAUACAGUUGGAACAAAGGUGGAAGACUCAAGGAACUGCGAAUAAGGCACCUAGCAAGGAAGUUCCUGAAGAUAUGGAUGCAGAAUACCUUUGGCAGAAUCCUUCCUCAUCAAGCCAAGUCCCACUACGACAGCGUGGUCCUGCGAAGAGCCUUUAAAGGAUGGAGAGACGAGUGGUGGACGUCCAGGAGGGAGUGGAGUCUUCAAAUGAGGGCAGAGUGUCACUACAGGUAUUACUUGUAUUACUUGACAUUCCAAAGCUGGCAAAAGUUUACGUCUUUGCAGAGGGAACAGAAGAGAAAAAUCCAAAAUGCUCAAUCAUUUGCUGACAGGCAACGGAUGCGUCUGGUUUGGGACAGGUGGGAGGUUUUCACAGAGAUGAGGCGAAUGAAAAACAGAAUGCUUGAUUCAGCUCUUGAGCAGAACAAACUCACAACUCUGCGUUCAGCGUGGAGUUUGUGGCAGAUUAGGUUGCAGCAGCAUCGAGACAUUCAUACUCUGGAGGACCGAGCCCUGAAACAGUGGGCGCUGAAUUCACAGAGCAGGGCUUGGCUUCAGUGGAAAGAAAUGCACGCAGCAGCUUGUUGCCAGAGAGAGAAAGAAUCCAAAGCUUCACUUCACUUCAUCCUCAGGCUGAAAAGAAAAACACUGCAUCAGUGGAUAAGUUACGCGUCCAGUCGCCAAAUCAAGAAACAGUCACAAGCUGUGGCUAAGCGUGCUACCGAUCUCCACCUGAUGAGGAAGUGUUGGAGUAAAUGGUGCAGCGCGUUGCAUCGCAAAUGGAGCGAGGAGGAGCGUUCGCAAGCUGCAGGACAUUUGGCCAGACGGAGCACUCAGCGCAGAGCACUGCAGCACUGGAGAGCUUAUGUGACGUCGUGCAGAGAAGAAGCUGAAAGAAACCAGAGUGCGAGUCAACACCACCACCGUCAUCUACUGCGUGCUGGAGUGCAGGGACUGUCUCUGAACGUAUGCUGGAACAAAGCACAGCGACUGAACAACAACGUGGCUGUCCAGCAUUGUCACCAAACUAUGAUAAGUAAGUACUGGAAGCUGUGGCAGGAGCGUCUCGAGGAGGCUGAAGACAAAAGUUUUCAACCACUGACAGAAAAGGCAGCGACAAACUACAGCACGUCCCUGUUAAGCAGCUGUUUUUGCCAGUGGAGGGAGAAACUUGCUGAACAGAGACACAUGCAGGAGUUGCAGCAUCGUGCAGACGUUUGGUUCGCAGAGCGCAUGUUGCCUCGCUGCUUCAACUCAUGGGUUGGGUUCACUCUGCAGAGAAGGCUGCAUAAACAGAGGAGACACAAGGCAGAAGUCUAUAAUCAGCAGCGUCAGUACAGUUGUGUGUUUUAUACCUGGUGGGGGCAGUCAGAGAAACACAAGGAGGAGAUGCUCUCCGAGCGAAUGGCCAUUCUUCAUGAGGAGCGAGGCCACACGCAGAGAGCCUGGACUCGCUGGAGGCAACGCGCAGAGCAGCAGAUCAACGAGGAGGAGAAAGAGAAGGCGUCGGACCGUCUGUAUCUGCACAGGCUUCUUCACAAGACAGUGACGCAGUGGAAGGACAACAGCACCGAGAUACGAGACAGGAGGAACAGAGAGCAGCGAGCUGGUCGUCAGGGAGACCUGUGCUGCAUGAGAUGGGCUGUGGAUAGAUGGAAAAAGUUUGUUCAGAGCCAGAGAAAGAAGAGAAGCAGGCUGGAGCAGAUGCAGCGUUACCAUGAAAUUAAACUUCUCAAAGACGCAUUUGUGGCCUGGAAGAAACACCACCUACAGAUGUCUCAGAUCUAUGGUCAUGCAGAGGAGCUUCACAGACAGCACACACAGCAUUUCCUCAGGAAGCUUCUGUAUGUGUGGAGGGAGAACGCAGCGCUGCUGGUGGAGGUCCGGCUCAUGGAGCAACAAGCACAGAAUCACUUUCAUCACUUCCUUCGACUUAAGGUGUUCCUCGCUUGGAGAGAAGAAACAACACAUGCAGUGUCAAAGCGCCACCAGCAGAGGGAAGCACUCAGCAGGGCUCAGAGGUCCAUAAAUCAAGUGUGGCUGCUGCGGUCUUUUCAACAAUGGAGGAGGAAAACCAGAGCGGCUCGGAGGGAGAGGAUGUGCAUGGAAAAAGCUAGAAAGCACCAUGACUCCAAACUGCUUUCUAAAGCGCUGAGAGCGUGGAACAAACAUCACUAUCAGUGCCGAAAACAUAAGGUGAUGAAACGACAAGGAAUCUUGUUGCUGAGACUUAAGCUGUGCCAGACCUACUUUGAACAGUGGAAAAUGAAGCUGCAGCACAGAUGGAGAGAAUCUAAGCAGACGGAGCGAGCGCUUUGGCACUGGUCCCUCACUCUCCAAGCCAAGGUGUUGUAUGGAUGGAGGCUGUGGGUCACAGAGCAGCGCAGGAAGCAAGAGCAAGCAGCCAGAGCCGCACAGGUCUACAGAGACCAGCUGCUGAGGGAGGGCGUGACAUGCAUCCUCACAUAUGCCGCUCACAUGAGCGAUCUCACAACGAGCCUAACGCAACACAGCCAAGAACAAAGAUCACGACAUAUUCAGAGGGUGGUUAAGCGUUGUGCCAUGCGGUGGAAGCAGCGAGCCCUGUGUAAACCAGGCAGAGGGCAGGAAGUCAAAGGGCAACCACAGAAAAAGAGUGUGACCUUCUGUUUGCCUGCACCUGAAUUGAAGAGAGUUUCCCUGUCUGACUCAGUGGGGCAGGAAGCUGGAGAUGCAGCACUUAGCAAGUUGCUUCCAACCCGUCUGCCGAGACGUCAGCCACUUCGCUAUGAGGAACUGUUUGGUUCCCCACUGAAAGACACCCAAAAGGAGUCUGCCGUCACCGGUGCUAAAACAGCUCCACAACCCUCAGAGGUCAAUCCUUCACAGGACCGCCACCUCGCAGACUUGUCCUGCCUCCAUCCUGCUUCAGUCCCUUUCACCUCUACACAUCAGAGCACCAUCACUCCCACUGCGUCACCUUCUGAACCUCACAUGUCUGCACUGGACUCCCCUCUGGGAACCCAAGGCCAAGAUCUUCUUUUACCACCUUCUGCUUUCAUGACCAUAGGGACUCAAAAUACGUUGGGUAAGGCCAGCAGCUCAGCUCCUGGAGAUGCUCCACUUGUAUUUGGACCCCCUGUUAAACAUCUCUCAUCAGUAUAUACAGCAUCCAGUGAAGAAACUGAGGGAGAAGAUCCACUUUCAUCUCUGACAAGGGAACUGCUGAACAUUCAGCUGGAAAUGAAGAGUUUCCAACAGGACAGGAAGCAACUCAGGGCAUGGCAAAGACUGAAAGAAGUAUUACAAAGUUGGCUGCAGACCAGCGGAAAGGACGAACAAACAGAAAAAGGUGCUAUUUGUCAAGAGUUGAAGGAGUUGGAGGAGCGCAUCGAGAGACUGUCUACUGAACUGGCAAAACGGAAGCCAACAAUGCUGCUACACACAGAAAGGAUCCAACAUUUACAGACUGUCAUUCACACUUCAGGAGUUUCUCUUCUCUAUCAAGAAUCAGAAGAGAUAGAAACAGAUCACUGUGUGUUUACAACAUGACAGGAAGCAGUGGAGUUGUUGCACCUGCUGAUUGUUUGGACUGUUGUUCAUCUGCCCAGAUCGCAUAAAGACUGACUUUGACAAUUGAAUGAGAAACAUUUUGCUAUAAGCUCUCUUGUUUUCUUAAGAUUGAAAGUUUAUAUCUUUACUGCACUCAGAUUGUGAGGAAACAAUCGAUAUCUUAAUGUUUCAGGACAUGGCAUUCAUAAUUGUCAAAUAUUUUGAUAUGACUCAGGAAAUCCAGAAAGAUUAAAGUCAAGUUAAAUCACC